UUUCGCAGUUAUUGUGUUGACACCGACGGUCUGGCGCGCUGCUUCGUGCGCGGCAGUGACUGCGCGGAGGGGAGAGGCGCUUCCCGAGUGGGGCCUCGGCAAAGUCCCACCCGGGACGGGGGCCGAGGCCGGGAUGAAACCCUGGGCUUCUCCGCCGGGCGGCACCGGGGCUAGGCAAAAGUUUCUGCGGGCCCAGAUCAAGCCUCUCACCGCGGCCGAGCGGAGGAAGCCGGCGGCGGCCAGGCAAAAUGUCCGCGUCGGACCGGGGGCAAACGUUAGCCAGCGAGCCGCGCCGCCCGCUCCGAAAUAUAAUUGCAACGAACGAGCUCUUUCGCAAACGCUGAAACAAAAAAACCCUCCUCGCCCGACCGUCUGACUCCAUCCCAAGUCACUGCAACUUGACUCGCCCCGUGCCGCGGCUCCGCGGCCAGAAUCUGCUCUCUCUUCUAGAGCAUAUAGGAAGAUAUAUAUAUUUUUUUUUUUUUCCUCCCCGAAAGUUAAAAGCAGUUACACAGAAUUUGGAUCCAGAUGUCACUAAUUUGCAAUUGCUCUGGGACGCAAGCUGAUACAGGGUGCUCGGGAAGGGGGUAGCCCUGCCUCUGCCCAGCGCUUUGGGAAGCGCAGUAGCGUUACAAUUCAGACUGCAGCCGGGCUAAGGCAGCCUAAAGUGAAAGCGCCCAGGGAGGGGCUGGUGUGCAGAUUCUGUACUCACAUUUUAGGGUGCUAAGAAGAGACUUUCUCAGAUCUAAAUCCAUGCAACAGGUUUUGACACCUCCUUUCCGGCUAGGGCGAACAGCUGCUCCCGUUCAGAUUAAACCGCUGUGGUUGUGAGAUGGAGGGAGAGGAAGCGGAGUCAGGUAUAUCCAUAAUAAACGUGGGGCGACCGAGCGCGGUGGCAAGGAGGCGGGGGGAAAGGGGGACAGCUUAGACUUCUCUAGCGCUUUUCUUUAUUGUCACGAUGCCCAUGGCGGGAGGGAGCGGAACGGGGCUAUAUUCUCCCCCGCGAAAGGCACCCGGAGGUGCAGGGUGGGAGAGGGGAUUUGUGCCUCUCUUGCCGUUUCUGCUCAGAGUAACGUUUGCAGGGGACCGGUUCUCCCGUCCCGUGCCCGUCCGCUUCAGCUGUGAACUAUCCCGCCGCUGAGGUCGGGUAGGGAGCGCUGAGAUCGGGAUGCUUUCGUUUACAAACAAGCACAGUUUGAAUCCUGCAGAAGUCGGCCGGCGUCAAGGCACUAAGCGGCCGAGAGUUCAUUUUGUAAAGGGAGGGAGGGAUAAUCAUGCAAGGGGGCUUUACGGACCCGUCACUAACAACCCUGAAUUUGUUUUAAACGAAUUUGAGCUGUCUCUCGUUUGCCCUGCAAAGGAAGCCGCUAUUUUUGCGUCCCCGGGGGAUCCAGGGCGGACGCUCUCCACUGCUUCUUCAUGGCAGCACUCGGGAAAAAGCCCGGACAGGGAAAACAACGAGAAUUCCAACUCCAACAGCCACAACCCGCUCUCGGCGUCAAUGAAUGGGAAUAAGACAGUUUUGGGGAGCUCAGAGGACGAGAAGACGCCGUCAGGGACCCCGGAUCACACCUCCUCCAGCCCCGCGCUGCUGCUCAGCUCCAACCCCGGGCUGCAGCCCCUGCACGGCCUGGGACACCCCCAGGGCCCCAGCGCCAUCCCCGUGCCCAGCGCCGACCCCAUGCACCACCACAACUUGCAGGACUCCAUCCUCAACCCCAUGUCAUCCAACCUGGUCGAUCUGGGCUCUUAAAAACCGUGCAGACGCUCCUUCCUUCACAUCAGCCGCCCCUUUACUCUAUUCCCCCCCCCCCUUUUUUUUUUUUUUUCCUCCUUAAUCUUACCAGAGACUUGGAAAGCAAUGACACACUCCUUAGUGGAUGUGUUGUGCCCUUUGGCAGCAGGCUGGCUGCUGGUUUGGAAGUUAUUGGACUCGGCUGUGGGCAGUAAUGUUAUGAAAAGCUUUAAAGGUUGCUUAAAGGUGGUAUCAGGCGUGUAAGGACUGUUGGACAGGAGCUGUGAUUUUCACGGCAGGCUGUAAGGCGGUUCGGUGUAGCAGAGCUCUUCUCAGCCUUAACUUCACGAAUCUCUCGGUGUCACUCGAUAGCGCCGGUCUGUGUGGGAAGAGGCACAUUGUAAUCUUUUCUUUUCGGGGGGUGGGGAGGAAAGGGGAGCGCAAGGCCGCUGUUUGGAAGUUACACAUCGCUCCCGUUAUUCUAUUGUAGUUAUAUAUCCGUGGCAGGUGUACGAUGUACAAUUUCAACUAAGAAUACAAAAGCUGUAGUCAAGUUUAUCGCAGCAACACGCGCUCUAGGCAGAUUCUGUAACCUUCUUGUAGCUGAUGCUAUGCACAGAGACGGCUUCUUUGGCCUUGUCCAUGUGGUGCUUUCGCCAUUUGCGGGGUGGGAAAGGAAGUGAUGGUCCGGCUCCGGCCCCGGAGGAAGGCAGGGGCAGAUUCUCCCCUCGGUGUGCAGCGAGGGCGGGAGCGGGCUUUAAAAAAGAGAGGAAUUGCUGCUCAAGUUUAGACCUAAACGACAGUAUCAACCGCAAGUCACUCACCUUAGUUUUGUUUAUUGUUUAUAUUAUGUGAAUACAUUCUUUGGAAAAUAUUUCUGCUUUUAUUUUAUAAUAAAAUUUAGAAAUCUAA